AUGCGGGCUAUUGUCGGUAUCCCUGUCGCAGGAGUCAUUGUUCUGUUGAUGGCGAUCACGGUCGGCGCUGGCCGAAACCCCGGCUUUAUGGAGGACUACCACAUCCUCUUACUGAACACUUCGGCCCUGGGCCAGGGGCUCAUACCGACAGCGACAGAUGGAGGCAAUCAUCCAUCGACUUCAUCGUGCGGGCCUAUUGGAGGAGCGCUUGGCAAGCUGUGCGCAGACGCAACAGGUGCAGUUGGUUCUGCCGUCGGUUCUGGCGCUGCUGAGCUUUCAAGUCUGGAUGCUGCCGCCGCCGAAAGCCUCAGAAACAAAAUAGGUCUCCAGCAAUGGUACUCUUUCCACGUUCUAGAUAUCUGCCAGGGUCUGUUUACGCCUAACGCAACCGCACCCCGCGCAGCAUACAAUGCAACAAGUUGCACACAGUCUCUGCAAACUUCCCUAUUCAAUAUUUCCGCCCUGAUUGACCGCCAGCUUGGCGCUGGUCCUUUACACCUCAGUCUAGCCGACCUUGGCCUUGCAACAGACCUCCAGGAUGGCCUAGACAAGCUUUCAAACGGGCUCAAGAUCUUGGCAUAUCUCUACAUCACAGCCAUCGCCCUCUCGGCAGUCUCUCUGUGUCUCUCGGUCUUUUGGCUCUGCCGUCGUGCCUAUAAAGUAAGCUGGGCAAACUUUUGGGCUGCGCUGCUAACGGCCCUGGUGUUAUUGGUGGCAAACACUAUUGUCGUCAUCGGGGGAGGUUCCGUAUCAAGGAUCAACGGCCUCGGCAAUAAGAUCGGACUGUCUUUAUCCUCUGGCGAGAAGUUUGCCGCGAUUACCUGGGCAUCAUUUGCUUUGGCGUUACUUUUGGCCCUGAUCUGGGCCUGCACGUCCCGCCUAGACCUCAAAGCUAGGAGGCUUAAUCGUCAAGCCACACGAUGGGCAAGUCAACCCUUUUGA